AGGAAGAUCAAGGUACCCUCAGAGCUGGAGGCUGGCCCUGGGUAGCCUAGAAGUUCCUGUAAGUACAGGCAGGCGCGGGAAAGCACGGUGAGGGUGUGUGCAGAGGGUGUGUGCCCAGGAGCGCGGCAGACGUGGCAACUCCGGGUAGGGACUGAACUAGGGCAGUGAGCUCUUUUCCUUUGCCCAGCUGGUAUCCAGUCCCAAGGGAACGCUGCUCCAGCCCCGGACAAUGCACCAGGAUGGCCACUAUCUCCAGCCUUCUCCACCUGUGAAUGGUUCAUUGGAACAGGAGCCUCAAAAGCAGCUCCCGGAGAUGCUAGGUGAGGUCUGGGAACCGCCUCGAGGGGACGGACUGCCACUGCUCUCGGUCAUCAUCGCUGCCUUUGUCCUACUGGCGAUCUGCAUCGUCCUGGCAGUUCACUUCGGGCCAGCCUUGCACCAGGGCCAUGCCACCCUCCCUACAGAGCCUCCAGCCCUAAAGCCAGAGAACGGCAUUUACCUCAUCCACUGGCGGCUGCUAGACCUCCAGGACAGUCGCAGAGAAACCCAGCAGGGACUUCCUAUUCCUCACUCUGGCCUUGUCCUAGGUGGGCACAGGCCCAGCAUUGAUGAAAUCACGUAUCUGUAGGAGGGUGAUGUGCAGUUAGCCUGACUGGUCUCAGAACAAGAAACUGGAAUGUGAGUUGGAACCCGGAUGUCAGAGCUGCAGACAGGCCUCUGGACUCGGCUAGAGCAACCCUCAGAUAUUUGAUGAGAAAGCUCCACGGCAAUAAGAGAAGUGGAAACCACCCUGAGGACCUUGCCCACAGACACGGUGCCAAGGCCACCCUUACAAAGUUUCCCCUCAGGGAUCUCCAGAUCCUCCUCAGAGUUCCUGUUCCCUUCCCGUACCUCUCAUCUUCAUCCCUUUUGGAGCAAAGUGAAGAUUCCAUCCCUGAGCAGGAAUAUCCGAGGGCUACAGAGAAGGCCCUGCCUCCGCGCUGCCGACCCAGGGAGAGCUAAGGCGAGAGGAACUGUGGUGUGUCUUCUCUGGGGACUUGUCAAAAGAGGCACCUCUGUUACCUUCCAGCCUUUGGAGGGCACCCUGGCUGUUAGCCUAGGCCUUGUUGAUGACAUCCAAAGCCCUUGGAAUCCUUAAUCUCCAUGUAAGAGUUCCAAGACUGGCCUUGAUUUGUCCCCCAACGCUGCCUUGACAUCCUUGAGUGUGAUGGGGAGGGGGGGCGGGUUGUGAGCUCUUAUUACCUCUUAUUUUCUGAGUAAGGGUGGGCCUGUUGGAACAAGCCUAAAAUUCACUAUAAAUCACUUCCAGAUCCAGACUUUUCCAGCUGGUGGGAAAACAGGAAAAGAAAAUGAACGCUAUGGAACUUGUUUGGGAAAGGAGGGGGCAUGAAGGGGUCCAUCACUGUUGGGAAGUAGCAUAGUUCAUCCUGGAGCCAGGAAAAUGUGGGCUGGGGCCAGGAAAACUAAGCCGGGCUUCCUGGUGACUCUCGGGAAAGGCACCCUUUUCUCUGAUACCUCAGCACCUCAUUCGUGUGCAGUUACAAACAUAAACCACAUAAACUGGGCAGUGGCACAGCUUUUUAAUCUAGUACUUGAGAGGUGGAGACAGAAGUUCAAGGUCAUUCUCAAUGACACAGCAAGUUUGAGGGCUAGCCUAGACUAUAUGAUACCCUGUUUAUUAAGAAAAGAGGCAGGGUACUGAAGACACCGCUCAGUGGUUAAGAGCAAAUGACUGCUCUUCCAGAGGACCGUGGUUCAAUUCCCAGCACCCA